AAAGAAAGGGGAAAAAGAGAUUUGUCAAGGCGGGCGGUCUAGAUAGAUAACCGUGGACGAUGACUGGUGGGGGCCUGCGCAAGUCUCGGGCGGUCUUCUUGAUAAUACACGACCAGCACUCCCAAGCAAUCGACAGGUUUCGGUAUCCUUCUGCUUCGGAUCACCUUAUGGCCUUUCCUGCGGCCCGUCGCUGCGUCGGCCAGCUGCAAUUCCCGACUGGAACCGUCGUUAUAUAUUUCCCGCCACAUGCGCCCCUCUCGCUCGCUUUUCCUCUCUCCCCUUACCCACUCGACUAAACCUAUAUAACCUACCCACCCUUUCCCUUCUUCACUGCAAUUAACCAAUCUCUUCCUACUCAUUACAUCUAUCACCACUUUCCCUCUCACUUCCCAAUCAACCCCAUCAAAAUGUCUGGAAUCAAGGCCGGUGACAGCUUCCCCGCUGACGUUACCUUCUCUUACAUCCCCUACACCGACGAGGCUAGUGAAAUCACCUCUUGCGGUAUCCCCAUCAACUACCACGCCUCCAAGGAGUGGGCCGACAAGAAGGUCAUCCUCUUCGCCCUCCCCGGUGCUUUCACCCCCGUCUGCUCUGCUCGCCACGUCCCCGAGUACCUUGAGCGUCUCCCCGAGAUCCGCGAGAAGGGUGUCGACGUCGUUGCCGUCCUUGCCUACAACGAUGCCUACGUCAUGAGCGCCUGGGGCAAGGCCAACAACGCCAAGGACAACAUCCUGUUCCUGUCCGACCCCGAUGCCAAGUUCUCCAAGAGCAUUGGCUGGGCUGACGAGGAGGGCCGCACCAAGCGUUUCGCCAUCGUCCUUGACCACGGCAAGGUCACCUACGCUGCUCUCGAGCCCGCUAAGAACCACCUUGAGUUCUCGAGCGCCGAGACCGUCAUCAAGAACCUGUAAAUGCACCAAUGAGAAACGCAAUAGACGUGGCAUGGGCCUAAUAGAUCCGGCGUUGAUAUUCGGUGGGCUUAAUUGACCUGCGAAAGCAAAGAUUCAUGUUUAGAGAGCUAGACUCCCCUUAGAAUACAACGCAAUAA